UAUUUAUAGGGGGGUGCGUGCUGCUGUUAGUUGAUCAUCAAUCUGAUGGUAUCGAGACAGUAGACGGCAACUUAAACAUGAAGCUAUAACAAACUUGCGCGCAUGUCAAAAUGCGGUAGAGGCUCUAUAAGCUUUAAUAGCCAGAAGCAAAUUCAACCAAAAGCAUUGGUUAGAAGCAAAGACAACAAGAAGAUAUUUAAUAUUUCGGAAUCGAAAGAGAGAUCUGUCACAGUUGCCAGUUUAAUAAGUGACAAUGUAGAGGUACGAUACGAUGAAGAGUCUGAAGUUAUUGUUACGGGGGAUGUCGUUUUGGCAGCCCCAUCCAGGUUAAAAGAAGGGGUUAAUCCAUUAAUGACGACGACGCCUACAAAAAUAGUGACAACUUUCAACAUGGAUACCAGUGCUGAUUCUAAUAUGGACACUGCUAACGCCAGUUCUACCGCUACAACUGUUGGCGCUAUCUCUUCCGUUGUCGCCAACACUGCAUCUUUAACAUUGGUUAAGGCCGAGAGGCCGGAUCAUUUGGCGGGGACAUCGACGUCGUCUGCGACGGUAACUCCUGUAGCCACUGGAUCGAUCGGCACCGGAAGUAACCUCUUCUCUAGUAUCGCUAACAAUAAUAAGACAACUAGAUCAGACGAUUGGCUAGCGACGAAUAGUCCAGAAUCACCACAAAACUCUUUACAGAGUCAGAAUGUGGUCUAUACCACUUCGCAACAAUUGUCAGAACAGCAACAACCUAUGGCUCAUUCCAGUCCAGUUGCGCAUCAACAAGUUAGCAAUAAUGGAUAUGCGAGUCCUAUGAGUACUGGAAGUUAUGAUCCUUACAGUCCUAACGGUAAAAUAGGUAAGUAAGCAUUGUUUUAAAAAAACGUUGUACGUUACAACACGUUGUAAAAAUUAUUUUUAGAAGGCUACAGUAUAUUGAGGAUUAAAGAA